CUCUAGAACGGGGGCAGUGUUGGAAAGUACUUUUCAAAUCCCUUGCAGUGUCCUUCACCUUUGGACUUCCUGGCUGUGCUUCAGCAGUGCGUGACUGCAUACGGUCUUCUCCGCAUCACGGUGGUAGCAGUAAUGUGAAGUUUAAUGAGCACCUGCAAAGUUGUGUAGCAGGGAAGGAACUGCCAUGCCCGUGGGAAUCUUCCGGGUGUGCCUAGUGGUGAUUACAGCUAUUGUCAACCACCCGCUCCUCUUCCCUAAAGAGAAUGGCACUGUCCCCGAGAACGCGGAAGAAAUCAUCCAGAAGAUGAAGGAGCGGGAGGAGAUCCUUCGGCUGGAGCAGUUGCGCUUGGAGCAGGAAAUCGCGGACCAGGAAGCCAUGCAGAAGGCUCUGGAAAAGGCUGCAGAGGUAGUGGAGGAAAGCAAAGAGGAAAAGGUCCGAUGGGACAUGUGGACUGCCUUUUCCAUGGUCAUCUUCCUGCUGAUUGAGCUGUGGAGGCAGGAUUUCCAGGAAGGGAAUUGGCAGGACACAGGAGGAGAAGAGGAUGACAUGGCUGUCCUGGGGAAAGCAUUUAAAGGAGUGGCCUUCCCUGACAAGGCUGUCUUGGCCAGCUUCUAUGAAAAGCGCAUCCUGGGCACCACCGGAGACAUGGCCAGGAUGCGGGAGAUGGUGGAAGGCUUUGCAGAUGACUUGCUGGAGGCCUUGAGGAGUGUUUGUAACCGGGAUGCUGACAUGGAAGUGGAGGACUGCAUGGGUGUGGGGAGCAUGUACGAGAAUUGGAGAGUACGUAAACCUUUUGUCUGUGAUCUGAUAGUGCCUUUUGCCCCCCCGGAGCCAUACUGUUUCCGGUCCCAGACCUGGUGCUCUGGUGACUCUUUUCCCCCCGAUGAACAAGGAUAUGGCACUAUCAAGGUAUGCAGGGCAGAUGAGGAUGUGACAGGUUGCAUCUGUGACAAGACUAAACUAGGGGAAGAUAUGCUGUGCCUCCUCCAUAGCCAAGCCAAUACUACCAGGCCCAGCAGUGAGAUGGAAGACCUCCUCUGCUUCAAAAAUACUCAAUAUCUGGAUGCUGACCAAGUCAUGAAGUGGUUCCAGAUCGCGGUCACCAAGGCCUGGAACAGAAUCUCCCACAAGUAUGAAUUUGACCUUUCCUUCAGCCUCCUGGACUCACCAGGAGCCCUGAAGAUAAAAUUUAGGUCAGGGAAAUCAAUUGCCUUCAACCUCACCCCUGUGGUGCAGUACGAGAACUCUGACAUUUACUUCAUCUCUCAUUUCCCUCGGAGGGGCCUGGCAGCAGACCUCCCAUCCAGCACUCACUGGUUUCUCACGUUUGCAGUGUAUGAGAGGAGGUUCAUCCAGUUGGUCUCCAAAAUGCUGCCUCCUAAUGCUUGCCAUGUCAGCUGCCUUCAGAUCCUCUCCUUCCUCCAUGGGAAGCAGUGCAGCCUCACGGGUCCAAGUGGGCUCACCAACUACCAUCUGAAGACAGUGAUGCUGCAUCUCCUGCAGGCACGUUCCAGCCAGGACUGGGCUCCGGAGAAGUUGGAGGCCCGUCUACAGGACAUGCUGAAAUUCCUGGAGAAAUGUUUGCAUGAGAAGAAGCUCUACCACUUCUUCAUUGGCAAUGGGAAGGUACCAGCAGAGCUGGGAUUCCCCAUCAUAUUCCAGAGGGCUGAGCCUCUCAACCUUUUCCGUCCCUUUGUGCUACGCUGGGACAUUUACAGGAAGACAGUGGACACAUUCCACGAGAUGCUCAGGAACAUGUCUGCACUAAUAAAUGAAUACACAGUGCACGUUCCCCUUGCACACACCAAUGGGAUCCAUAAGGAAUCUUUGUAACCAAAGCCAGCAGGAAAACACUUGUUCCUCUAAGCAAAAGUCCAGAGGGCAGCUUUCUGAAGCAUCCUGGAGACAACUGACUUUGCCAGUACAGCUUCUUGUCUGCAACUGAACCGGUCCUGGGCCAUGGUUUCUGCAGUAAGGGAGAGGGGAUGGGGAGGGGAGGAUAGGGAGAAACUGGAAGAUGUGGUAUAAAAGUAAGUUUCUGCUCCACUGGUGUGCUGUCUGGGUUUUAUGCAGCUAAGAAUAUAUUUUUCUAUUGUGCCUCAGUCACGCUACAGUGGUGGUGAGGAACAAAUAUGACUAAUUUAUUUGCCUGCAAUGCAAACGGUGGUGGUGGCCAAAUACUUCAUUUCCUUUGGAAAAGGGAGAUAAGAAAAGGGUGGAGGAAUCAGAGACAGGAUCUUGGGAUCGAAGGAGCCUGUCUGCUGGCACACAGCAGGAGCUCUGCAACCCAUGGGAAGCGCAGCAUAGGAGUCAGUGCUGAUGUGGGGAGGAGGGACAUGCACAAGAUCUGGAGUGGAUGGAGAUCCUUAAAUCAACCACAGCUCUUUAAUUGAAAGGUAACUGUAGCUAUAAAAAAAAAAAAAGCCUUGAUAGGACUUGCAGCAGCAGUUUAAAUGGCUUGUCCUGUCCUUCAAGAACACCCCUGCACCCUGCACAUUUCUUCUCCCUGGGGAGGACGUAGCAGAGCAGGCAGCAGGGACUGUGUCUUCAGACCAUUUAAUUCAAGUCUUCCAUUUUCUUCAUGGUAACAUGGCUAGUGGGUUAUAUUCCUGGCCAUUUUCCAUGGACAGGAACCUUUUUUACCUCAGAUAAAAGAGAGAAACACCAUUAUUGGGUUCUGGUGGUUUGGGGUUUUUGUUUGUUUUCCUUACUUCAGGGCAGCAAGGCUGAGAACAGCCAGGAGAGAAAGGGCUGCUACAGGUUUUGCUUUCAUAAAAGAAGCAGUUGUCCAAAAUUAUCCUGCAAUGAAGCCAAUCUCAGCAAUCUGGUAGCAGGGGGGAACAAUCAUCCUCCAAAUGAGAGCGUGCCUCUCCCAGCAUGGUUUUAAUGAGGCCAAGGCCAGCAGGAUGGCUCUGAGUUAGGAGGGGAUGAGAGAGAUGCACGUGGAGCAGAGCUUGGCAGCGCCAUCUCUGCAGCUGCCUUGUGGUCUGUGUCGCAUCCCUUCUGCUCCCAGACAGCCAGGCAAAAGCUACCUGUUUGCCUCUACAUAGGGUCUCCUCGAUCCUCUUAAAGACUUCUGCUCCGAUGAGGCUCCGAGGAGGUGCUGCUCGCAGACCAUAAUUUGCUGAGCUGGGAGUGCGAUGGGGAAAUGAUGGCUGCUGCAGGCUUCCAAGCCAGGGGACAAUCUCAAGGCAUGUGCUAAAAACCCAAUGCAGAAAUGGAGAUGCUUGAACUCCCUCAGGAGGCAGCAUGUUAGUGCCGUGCCAGCAGGCUGCCCAGCCCCGGUGAGGUGGCUUCACUGGAGGAGAGGGCUCAGUAGCUCCUCACCCUCCCUCACGUGCUCUCUGCAGGAUCCAAGCCAGGGCUUCAGUGCUGAUCUGCUUCAUGCUGGUCCCGGAGGCCUGGCCUCUAGUGCUAAGGGGCCUCUCCUACCAUUUUCUUACACCAGGAUUUCUUGCAAUGUUUUACACUAGGGCUUCUCUGAAUCCUAUUUACAAGAGGGUAGUUGUUGUGUGUGUUGGGACCCAUCAGGGAUGAUAUUACCAUUGACUCCAUGGAUCCCUUUUUAUCAAUCCUCUCUAUCACAUGCAUCAGAGAGAAGAUUUAAUCCUGUAUCACUACUAGGGACAGCAUACAGCAUGAGGCUUGUUAUAGAAUCAUAGAAUCAUUUGGUUGGAAAAGACCUUUAAGAUCAUCAAGUCCAACCAUACCUGUCCACCACUAAACCAU